AUGCCUCUGGACACCGAGCGUAAGGAGCUGCUGUUGAAAACGCUGAUGGAGCUGGGGGAGGACAACCAUCAGUCCUUCAACAGAUUUAAGUUAUGGAUGGCUCUGGACAGCAGACGGAAGGAGCUGCUGUGGAACACGCUGAUGGAGCUGGGGGAGGACGACUUUGAGUCCUUCAGGUUCCACACGGCCCUGCCUAGAAGGGUGCGUGAAAACACCCGCCUUGAGUACAUAGCUGACAAGCUCUUGAUUAAGCACGGCGAGAACACUCUGGAUGAGACCGUGAAGAUUCUGGAGAAGAUCGGGAACAACGAAUUGGCCGAGAAGCUGCGCAGCGACGUGCUGGAAAUAAAAGACGCCGACUUCUCCGUCCACGAUGACGAUCAGAUUGCCAGAUUGAAGAGGGAACUCCAAGACAACCUGCGGCGUUUAUACAGGUUUGCUUCUGAGGGCAACACAGAGCGCUGGCAGCAGCAGCCCCUGGAGGACGUCUACACGGAGCUAGACAUCACCUACGGGGCAGACGUCAGCCCAGACGGGCGGCAUGAGGUCCUCCAGAUGGAGACGUGUGAUGCCGCGGCCAAGCGGUCUAUCCUGCCGUGCGACAUCUUCAAAAGCCCCGACGGCAACCGGCGACCGAUACGCACGAUGCUCACCGUCGGCUUCGCAGGAAUAGGAAAAACCUUCCUGAUUCAAAAGUUUGUGUCGGACUGGGCCAGCGGUAGUACUAACCAGGACGUGGACUUCAUAUUUCCUUUCACCUUCCGCGAGUUAAACAUGGAGAAAGGGGAGAGCUUUACGUUGGCCGAGCUGAUCCAAACUUUUGUCUGCGGAGACAGGCACAUGAGUGAGCGACUGAACAAUAUAUUUGUCGGCCUGCAAACUUCUGGGAAGCGGGACUUUGAAAGCAGCGGGAUCAAGAUCUUGUUUAUCCUCGACGGACUGGACGAGUGCAACUUCAAAAUCGACUUGAAGAAAGUGAGGAAAGUGAACAAGAACGUGAAGGAAAGCUACCCGCUAGAGGUACUGCUGGCGUAUCUCAUCAAAGGGAACCUGCUUCCGUGCGCCAGGGUUUGGAUCACCACGCGGCCCGCGGCAGCCCGCGAUAUCCCCGCCGACCUCAUCGACAGCAGAACAGAGGUUGGAGGAUUCAGCGAUUCCCGGAAAAUGGAGUACUUCAGGAAAAGGUUCCCAAAUGAGGAGCGCGUCACUGAGCACAUUCGGAAAUCUCGCACCAUCUUCAUCAUGUGCCAUAUUCCCAUCUUCUGCUGGCUCACCGCCACAGUUCUUCAGGUUCAUUUGGACAAAGGGGAAGAGGGAGAGCUUCCCACAACGCUGACUGACAUGUACUCGGCGUUUAUUGGUCACCACCUGGAAAACUCCAAGGAGAGAAAUACAGCGGAGUACAUCCCUUACAUGAGAGCGCUCGCCAAGCUGGCCUUUGACCACACCAUGAAUCAGCGUCAGAUCUUCUACGAGAAAGACCUGGAGGACAGCUGCUUUGAUUACAGCCAAGCAGCGAAACACUGCGGUUUAUUCACAGAGGUGUUUAAGGAGGUCCAUCCGCUCAAAAGCAGGAAACAAAAGAUGUUUCAGUUUAUCCACCUGACCAUCCAGGAGUAUCUGGCCGCACUGUACGUAAAGAUGUGUUUCUUCCACGACAACAAGAACGUACUGGAUACAUCAAGAUGGAAAAAAUUGUUCAUGUCUAUUAAGCGGAAGACAAUCACUGAGGUCCACAAGUCAGCUCUCCAGAAAGCCUCGGAAAGUGAAGGAAACCUGGAUAUGUUCCUCCGCUUCCUCGUUGGCCUUUCAUUGCAGUGCAACCAGGAAAUAGUGGGGGCGCUGCUGAAGGUUCCUCAUGACUGGGAGCAAAGCAAGUCAAAGACGGUCAAGUUGAUACAGAAAAGGAUCAAACGAAACACUCCAGAAAAGAACGUCAACUUGUUCUACUGUCUAAACGAGCUGAAAGACAACUCCUUACUGAAGCAGAUCCAGCAUCAACUAGUUUCAGGACGUUUGUCCUGGCGUCAAAUGUCAAAUGAUAUGUGGUCGGCCCUGGCCUUCUUCUUACUUACGGACGACGAAACCAUGAAGUUUUUUGAUCUUAGCCGCUACUCCCCAUCGCCUUUGGGACUCAAGAAGCUUCUGUUGGUGGUCAAGGCUUCUCAAAAAUCAGAUCUGGAACACUGCGGAAUCACCAGUAAAGGAUGUGUUUCAUUGGCUGAGGCUCUCAGGUUAAACCUCUCCCAUCUUCAAGAGCUGGACCUGACCAGGAACGAUCUGUUGGAUGAAGGGGUCGAGAUCCUCUCAAAAGGACUGGCCAGCCCACACUGCAUCUUAAAAAUCCUCAAGAUCACCAGUAGAGGAUGUGUUUCAUUGGCUGAGGCACUGAAGGUAACCCCCUCCCAUCUUCAAGAGCUGGACCUGACCAAGAACAAUCUGUCGGAUGAAGGGGUUGAGAUCCUCUCGAAAGGACUGGCCAGCCCACACUGCAUCUUAAAAAUCCUUAACCUGACAAAGUGCGGAAUCACUCAGCGAGGAUGCAUUUCAUUGGCCAAGGCUCUCAAGUUAAACCCCUCCCAUCUUCAAGAGUUGAAUCUCGGGGCAAUUCGAAUAGAGAAAGAAGGAAAGAGGGUCUUAUUGGAGAUCAAGGAGGAUCCCAGCUAUAGCCUGGAGACUGUCAGGUUUAAAUGA